AUGGGAGACUUUAUCGGCCAUAUAUCUCCAGGCUUGUUUCUGGUCUUCUAUGGUCUGUAUCAAGCAGUAAUAGUCUCCAGAGCCGUGAUACUCAACGACACUCUUCUAUAUCCUUCCUACCUUUCCAAGAAUAAGGGGAAAUGGGCCCGGCUGUGGAAAAUAGCCCAUGCAGGCUGGUUGAAGGUUGUGAUUGGCUCCCUCUUGAUCGUUUAUGAGAUCAGUUGUGUUAAAGAAGGGCUGACAUUAAUGACCAAAGGGGUGCCACCAAGGUUCAUGUACCCCAAGGAGUGGCAGCACCUCACCAUGUUCUUCCUUCUCACCCUUGAUGGCUGUGUAGAAAUGGUGAGCAAGAACGUGCUACGGCAGAGGUGCGUGCUCCUAGAAAGAGGGGCCACGGUCCUGGGUGUCUACGUGCUGCUCCUGCUGCUGGUGUCUCACGUUAAAGAAUCAUCUGGGGUGGAGCUGCAGGUUCACUCUCUCCUCAUCUUGGUGGUGUUCCUGCUGAUGCUGGUGUUGACGGCAGAGCUGUGGGCUCCUGAGAUGUUUCACCUCUGGAUGAUAGAGACCUUCCUGAUCCUGAUAAUGGGCUCGUGGCUGAUUCAGGCAGCCUUCAUUCUCUUUAGACCGGUCUCUGGCUUCCCGUGGGAGGAUGAUGACAUCAGUGACAUCAUGUUUGUCACCACCUUCUUCUGCUGGCAUGUGAUGAUCAACGCCUUAUGCAUGUUGGGAAUCUAUGGUGUCUCUUCCUUUUGGCACCGUUGUUACAGUCCCAGCUUGAGGCUGAUGGGGUCCAAGGAAGUGCUGUAUCAGGAGAGCUCUUCAGGAACCUUCUACAAGCUGCUGGAGGAGGCAGAGCAGCAGGACAAAGAUGACCAGGCUCCUCUCCUUUCAAAGAUCUCUCCAUGUGACAGGGCCUAGAAUACCUGGGCAUAUACGCCACCCCAUCUUCCUCCUGUGGGCUCUCCUGGGCACUUGCAGUGCAACCUUUAUUCCUUGGUGAAGGCAGCAGCCCUGGAGGAUGGCAGUUUGCACUCCUUGUCUCUGAGCCUGCAGUUAAUGCUGAGGAGAAGGGGCCCAAGAGUGAUGGGACUUGAGAAGAGGGAGGGAAGAAGACUGGGGGACAGGUCCACAUGCAGGCAAAGCCAGGGGGGAGAGAGUGAAACAGAAUGGCGUUAAAGAGAGGAGUCUCUGCUCGAGCCCAGAAUUCCGCACUCAGAGCUGUUUCUCUGAGGCACCACCGAAUGCUGCUUCACCUGAGGGAAUAAAGAUUCCUCACAGCUCAAACCUGG